AUUGGUUUCACCUAAAACUUAACUUCGUUUCUCUCUCUACCUCUCUAGUGCAGCUAGGGAAUAUCAGAGGGGAAGCGACGAUGCCAACACUUACAAAGCUUUACACAGCCGAAGAAGCUUCCCAACACAAUACCAGCGAAGAUUGUUGGAUUACCAUCGACGGCAAGGUCUAUGAUGUAUCAUCGUACUUAGAUGAACAUCCAGGCGGAGAUGAUGUUAUACUUGCUGCCACUGGAAAAGAUGCUACAGAUGAAUUUGAAGAUGCCGGCCAUAGCAAAACUGCUAGGGAACUCCUGGAGACAUUCUGCAUUGGGGAACUAGAGGAAACGGCUACUCCUAUCCCAGAACUUAAAAUUAUAUCAAAGAAGCAACAACUGAACAACCUUCCACAGAAAUUCUUCAACUUGAGCAAGCAGUUUUGGUUCGCCCCAAUAACUGUGGUUGGCUUAUCAGUGGGUCUUGGCUACCUAUACCUAAGGAAGAAGCAAGCAAUCUGAUUUUUCAUUGUUGUGGCUGUUCAGGUCAGAUAGAAUAUUUUCAAAUUUUUCCACCAUAGGAAUUAAUACAGGACAUAUCCCUUGUUCCUGAAUCUUCGAAACUGGGUGAUGAAAACCGAUUUUGUCAUGGUUCUUACAGUUAAGAAUGUGGUCUAGAUGUGCUUUAAUGCAUAGCUUGUCACUGAGCAUGUAUGGUUACCAUCUGCUGGAAACCUUAAUACAAACUCAUUUAUUGAUACCAUAUAGUUUGCAUCA